CACAAAAGGCAGUAUUUUGCUAUCCUUUGUUGGUUUCUUGCUCCAACACUCUGCAAUUUCCAUCAAGACAGAGAAUGAGCUGGUCCGGAGGAGACUGGAUGUGCAGCGCUUGCCAGCACCAAAACUUCAAGAAGCGGGAGGCAUGCCAGCGAUGCGGGUAUCCCAAGUUCGGAGGCCCCGACGUCUCAACAUACCUCAUGUACAACCGACCAGAAGCCUUGGCCGGAGAUUGGUAUUGCAAUGCAAUGAACUGUGGAGCUCACAACUAUGCGAGCCGAUCGAAUUGUUACAGGUGCAGUGCGCUCAAGAAUGAUUACGUCGGCAGUUGUGGCGGAGGAUAUGCACCAGAGACAGGCGUUCCUCCGGGAUGGAAAGCCGGCGACUGGAUUUGCAAUAGAUAUGGAUGUGGAGUGCACAACUAUGCCAGCAGGACAGAAUGCUACAAAUGCAAGACACCAAGGGACUAUGGUGCUGCAAUGUAAGGGGAAGAAAAGCUUCAACAACCCCCUUUUGAUUUCUCCACAGAAUGCCACAUUUUUGCUUUAAUUUUCCCAGGAAAGGGAACAAAUAAAUGUAUCUUUUGUAUUAGUCGUCAUUUAAUGUCCCUUUUGGCACAAAUCAAUGCAGUCUACUCCCCCC